UCAUAACGAUCGCUUGUCUUAAGAAUACCGCGCGAAAUCGAAAUAUUUAAAUUCAGUUUGAAAAUCGAAUGCAUUAUAACGUUAGAAGAAACGAUUUUAUGGUGUGUUUUGUUUUAUAAAACAGUGCUUUGGAUUGUGAUCCCAAAAUUAUAAUACGAAGACAGUUUUUACAGAAUCAGACGUCCAUCGUUCGCCGUCGUCCCAAUAAAAAUGACAAAGUAAUUCUAAAUUCAAACGUGCCGGAAACAUGGGCAGCGGACAGAGCAGCGCCACCAGCCGGAAAUGGUCGGGAAAAAGGGAACCUCCGCCGCAAGCGGAAUCUUCGAGAAUCCUAUUCCUACUUUAUUUGAUUCACAGAACUUGGAACAUUGUCGUCGAACACGUUGAUUCUAAAAGCUCGAGAUGGCGCGGCUCCCACACAGUGCCGAGUUCGGGUGAAGGUCUAGGUCAAAGAUUCGACUCCGUGAGCAUCGAGGAGUCCGACCCUGGAUCCUGUUACUCCACUUGCAGCUGCAGUUAUUGCCGCCUUCGAGAAUGUGCACAGGAUUGUGUUAGUGAACUAACGUUGCUGGAAGGCAUGGCCAACUGCGGGGGAUGGAGCGAGGAACCAGUGUCAAAGGAGAAGCAGCGUCCACCAAUCUACAAUCCUGAAGAUUACGCCACAUCCCUCAAGAAAUGGGGAAAGAAAACUGGUUCCGGGAGCCUGUACGACCUGGAUCCAGGGCAAGAUCCUAACAAAUCUAGAACUUUGCCCACACAGACUAGUAAAGAUUUUAGGAACCCUUCGUUAGGCGUUGGAGAAGAGAUGAGCUUGCGUCAAUUCGGCUCUCCCAGUGAACUGCUGACUAAAUUGAGAGCUGACCUUCGACUAUCUUUUCCCAGCUUUGUACAAGAGUUCGCCUGUGAUCCGUUAGAUGGCGUUACCUUACUGCUAGAACUGCUGCGCAACGUGCAACUCAGUCAGACUGGUGAGGGUGCCCGUGGACCACCGGCUGUGAGGAGAAGACCACUUUUAGAUGAACUCGCUUGUCUGCAAUGUCUUUGGAGCUGCUGUACGAGAUAUACAGACUGCGUGCGAAAGCUGGUGGCUGGCUCUAACGGAGUGUACGCGCUCACUGUUUGCAUCAUGUCAACCGUCAAUAAGACAAGAGUAUUGGCUUUGCAGCUCCUAACAAAGGGCUGCUACCCACCAGCAAACGGGCAUAGUAUGAUAUCAGAGGCAUUAUCAACUCUACGCCUCCGCUACGGCGAACCGGUCCGCUUCAGGUUCCUGGUCGGCAUGCUGCAGAGUACUGGAGGCUGUGGGGACUUACAGGCAGCCGGACUUGCAUUCAUUAAUGCGUUGUUAGCCAGCGCUCCCACUCCACAGAGGAAGCUGUACAUACAAGCUGAACUCGAACAAGCUGGAUUCGAUAUUAUAACUUUAAAGAAGAUAAUUUCUAAACUCCCAAACACAAAUGACAGCGUUAUAAAGGAGAUUGAAGAUUACGAAAAACAAUUAAUAGAUAUUGAUACAUUAAGUGAAAAAGCAAAUGAAGCACAAAAAGAAAAGGAUGACCUCAAACACAAAUUAGAGCUACUUGAGAAACGCGUGAAGAUUCUGCAAGAAGAGAAAGGAAUCCUUUUAUCCUUGGAGAAGUGUCUAAAAGAAAAAUGUUGUGAACUACAAGAAGAAGUUACAACGUUAAGAACUGAACAUGGAAAUUCAAAUCGUAAGAAGACAUUUGUUAUUAAAAAAAAGAAUAUCGCACACAAAAAGAGAGAUGAGUCAUCACCCCCAGAAGAUGAAGGCAUAAGUUCUUCAGAAAGAUCUUUGAGUCCCGAAGCAGACCCACAACGAGACGCCAUGGUGUACGAAAUGUUUAAUGUUAAGAACGAGACUUAUUACGACGUGCUCCGAAAUAAGAGACAACCCAAAAAAACAGAAACUAAGGUACUUAACGAUAACAAAAAAUCCUCAGACGAAGAUGAAGAAACCACUAUAGAUGAAGUUAUUCAGGAAUUACGUAAUAUAGUAAACCAUGCAGAAUCGGAACAUUAUGUAAAAUCCGAUCAAGCAAUAUUUGAAGACAAAUCUUCCAGAUGUAAAGAUACUACAGACUCUAAUAUUGGAAUCAAUGGUGAAGUUAAAAAUCAUAAACCUUUAGAAAAGACUGAUUCAAUAACAAGCACAAGACAUAGUAUACAAAUAACUAGUAGCACGGAGUACCUCAAUGAAAAUAACGACGAUGAUAAUGAUGAAGAAGAGGAAAAAACUCGAUCUGUUCAAAGUAAAAUUUUCCCAUAUCCACUUAAGAAACCGAAUAGCUUAUCUCAUUUAUUUGUCCCACAAACAGAUCAAGGUAUUCUCUUCAAUAGACACUCAGAUAUGUUUGAAGAUUAUUUUUCAAGUGAUGAUGGAUCCGACUCCUUACUAAGUGCAUCACAUUGCCAAAAUAGUAUCGACAAAAAGUCGUCGGUGACGAGUUUCGAUUUUAAGGAAUGUCAAGCAAUUUUUAAUACAAUAGCUGAAAAAGAUAAGGAAGAGAAUAGAAAUAGACUAUCGAGAACUCGUUCUAGAGAAGAAUGUAAAAAACCAUCAGUUAAACGAAGUGAAUCGUUUCAAACUACUGAAAAAGGUUCUCGUCAACGUGAAUAUAUUGACAGUAUGUUCUACAAUGAAACUAAUAAGCCUUUAUCAGUAGAUCACGCAUCUUUACAACGAACAAAUUCAAAAUGUAGUAGAGUAGAUGAAAUUGUUAAUCUAAUAGAAUCGAAAAAACUUACCAAAAGUCUUGAUAGGAUCGAUGAAGGUUUAAAUACGAUGGUGGAUAUUGUAGUUAUGAAAGGACCUCUUAACAAGUCUUCCAAACAUUACGAAAGAAGACAAAGAACGUGUUCAGUUACAAAUAGCGACGAUAAUGCACCUUUCUUUCCUCUGAUGCGAUCUAAUAGUAAAGGUAGCCACACUUACAAAGCAUCAAGUCAAAAAGGAAACAACGACUUGAUUUCUAAAGCUGAAGGACAACAAACAUUUGGAUUGCCACCUUCUAAAUUAGGCCAAGGAAGUUUUAAAAAUAAUCAUUCGUCUAACUUUAGCAACACUUUUAUUGUGAAACGAGGUCAUAGUAAUUCUGGUUUUUAUACUGGUCAAAAUCUGUUACGUGAUGCUCCCGCUAGUAUGACAAGUCUUGUGAUGAACGGAACGCACUCUUUCGCCGAUUUCAAAUGCACCCUUUCAUCAGUAGGUUCAGUAAACGACUAUGGAGUUCACAAACUAACUGAUAUGCCAUCGGGUUUAUAUUGAUUGUUAUUUUCGAUUAUAUUUAAUAGUUUAAUCAAAACCAACGACUAAAUUAAGAUUUUCGUACCUAAAUACUUUGAAUAGUGCAAUAUUAUAU